AUGGCGUCGUCUCCGCUCUUCGCGCCAUCCAAAAUUUCUCGAAUCAAUCAUCUCUUCAAAUCUUGCUUUCCUCACUGUAGGAGCAGAUCUCCCGCAGCCCACUUUGGGCAGGCAACGGGCCACCUGCCGUCGUUCUUUCCGUUUCCUUUGCUGGUUCAUCCUCGUUUUAAGUCCCUUUCCGCCGCUUCUUCUACCUCCGAUGUCGUUUCUCUGUCAUUGCACCGAGGCAAGAGCGGGGAGGAGGAUUUGGUUGUGCUCGGUAUUGAGACAAGCUGCGAUGACACUGCUGCAGCCGUUGUAAGUUGUUGUUACUCCUAGAUUUUACGGGUACAUUGGCAAUUGAUAACUUGCCUUCGUGAUCUCUCACUCUUUAGGUUAGAAGUGAUGGAGAGAUUCUCAGUCACGUCGUUUAUUCUCAAGUGAGUAUGCUAACUGUCAUGUGGUCAGUCACUUUAUCGAUAUGCACUCAACAUUGUUUUUGCUGUUAUAGUUUUCUGUGCCAGGAACUCCGAGUAAAUUUAAUGCUUCUAUCGGUGGAUUACUCGGUGCGUCCAAUGUCUGUAUCUUGCCAAAGAAGAACUCACGCAACUGAGAUAAAACAAUAGAGGUCAAUUGAUAGAUGGAGAAACUUAUUUUUAAGGUUAUGAUCAAGGGCAGAGAGCAAUAUUUUUUGGGACUUUUGAAAUUGUCUCAUGCUUGAUGACAGUAUAUCACAACCUGAUUUCGCUAUCUGAUAGGAUAUUAUAUUAAUGCUCUUGGGAGUAUGUCUUAAAUGUCUCAUUUACACCUUUGUGGGAAAGGUCUUUGGGAGACAUAUAUCCGGUGGUCUACUGGAAGCGAGUUGUGAGCAUCGUUUGGAAAGCGUGCACCACAAAUCACCCUUCUGUGGCAAUGUUGACUGUAGUCAGACAAGAUUUGAAGUGCGCACUACAGAAACAGGUUAUGACAUGGAAAACAAUUUCGCCUAAUCAGGGGAGAUCUAGUAACGCAAGAAUUUUUCUAUUGCGCCUACUGCAUUGGAGAGUAUUUUUAUUGAAAGAAUUCUCUGCGUGUUUCAUACUCCAUUGAGCUGAUAAUAAUGUGUGCCGGAAACAUGCAUAAUUUUUUCCCCUCUCUUUCCAUAAUACGUGAUUGCUUCCUUUUAGCUACUCGCAUUUUUUUUUCUCUUGGCUAUUGACUGCUUUUACUUGUUAAUGGCUUUCUUCAAAGGCAGAUUUGCUAGCACGGUAUGGUGGUGUUGCUCCCAAGAUGGCUGAAGAAGCACAUUCACGAGUGAUUGAUGAGGUCUGAUUUUAAACAUGGCAGUUCUCUUGUCUUUGGACCCCUUUAAUUAUGCUUUCUGAAUUCAUAUUUACGAGUAAAUGAAUGUGACACGUAUCACAUAACUGUAGGUGGUUCAACAAGCAAUUGAAAAAGCAAAUUUGACAGAGAAGGAUCUCUCUGCUGUUGCUGUUACUAUUGGUCCUGGUUUAAGUCUUUGUCUUCGGGGUGAGGAAAUUGCGCCCAUUUAUUUCUGUUGUUUAUUUUAAGAGAGGAGUUAAAUAGAAUAUGCCCAGUUUUCUGAAAACUUAUCUUUUGAUUCCUAUUAUGAACAAUGACGAAACUCACAUGUAUACUAUCAUCUGUGAUCAAGUCGUUCUCUGAGAUGAUGCAGUGAUCUGCAGUGAAAUUAUUCGCCAUGUAAAUAUAUUGAUGAUAGGGCUCGGUCAAUGUUCAUUAUUACUUCUUCAUUUAUUCUUUCAAAUAGAAUACUUAAUGUGACAUUGAUAUUGAUUUAUAAACAUAAUUUUACAUCUCAGUUUGCAACGUGCCAGUAGACAAAAAAAUCAUCUCCACUAAUCUUUAAUCACAGACACACAUAAUAUUUUGGAAUUCCCAAUUUGAUAAUUUCUCGUCAUCUUGUGUGUAACUAUUUAAUGUCAGUAAUUUUAUUGAAUACUUAUUGUGUCUGUCUGUAAUGUGCUUGGUAUUCAUUAAAUUAUUUCUAUCACGUGAUUUAGUAUGCUACAUUAUGUUUUUUUUGUAUUUUUAAACAUCACAUUCAUUUGAUGUGUUCCUCCAUGUGUUUUAAUUUUAAUGCAUCAAAGUUUAUACAAGACAUCUAAUAUCUAUUUUUUGAUGCUUUGGAGAAAAAAUCUUGUCCAAUGCCAAGGCAUUCACAUGGUGUUUUGAGGCUGAAGUUAACCCUGGUUGCCAUGUUCCAUCUCUCACCUUUAUCCACUUGGCUUACCUGGUCUACUAGCGGUUUUCACAAAAUUUUCGUUUAUUGCCAUUUGGCUAUUAUAAAAAACCAUUGAUUAUUUUCCAUUCCGUUGAAUUGCCUCAGUUUUUAAAUUGUUGUUAAUUGGUGCAGAAAACUGGAAGGUUUUUCUACGUGAUACAGGAUAUUCCUCUUUUUUGUCAAAUAUCUAAUGAGUUUCCCAUCUCUAAAUGAAUAAAAUUGCGAAAACUUCUGAUGCUAGUUUGAAGGAAUCUUGAAUAGGCAAUUCAUAUUGUUCUUUUGUUCCCGAAUUUGCAAUGCAGUUGGUGUGCAGAAAGCUCGGAAGAUUGCUGGAUUGUUUAAUUUGCCAAUUGUUGGAGUCCAUCAUAUGGAGGCUCAUGCUCUGGUCGCUAGGUUGUCAAUCAACGAAUUUUUUUACUUUGGAAUGCAUUCUCUAAUUUGUUAUCAAUGCCAUAAAAUAGAAUGCUAUAUUUCCUGAAGAAAAAUAAAAUGCAGCCCAGACAAAUGCUUACAAAAUCUUCCUGCCGCGAUGAUCUCUUAAUCAUAACAAUAAUCCUAAACAGAAAAAUCAGAUUUCUAGAGAGACAAUGGAAUGUGUACGUUUUCCUGUCAGAAUCUGAAUGGAAGCUUACGACUCUGACUUUGAUUGUAUCUGUUUACUUCCGAGGAUCAAGACUAGUAAAAAGAUCUAGUUUUAGGUUGAGAGGUCUUAUAUGCUAGGUUAUGGGCUGAUAUUCGAAUAAUUAAAGCAUUUUCUUUCGCUUGUAUUAACCUGGAGAAGGAUUUAGGCAUUUCAUUGUACUAAGCAUGCUCUUGUUUUACUGUAUGUUCAAUUAAGGUUUUCUGAGCUUUCAGGUUUUAUCCUGGUGUUACUCCUUAUUUGAAGAAAAGUGCCUUUCAAACGUGACAUUAAUGGACAACACAGGAUUAAUAUCGAAGGAUUUUUUGGAUUAAGUAUCUAUUUCUCUCGCAGUUGCUGUUCGCUUCCAUCUUAACCUGGUACAUUAAUUUUGUAGGCUGACUGAGAAGGAUCUGAAAUUUCCUUUCUUAGCCCUUCUUAUUUCAGGUAUGUUGGUUAUUUAUCGCAUUUUUUUUGUAUUCUCUUGAGAAUUUCUUGCCGUAUCCUAUUCUUUUCAUGUAUUUGUUGGAUUCAAAUUUAGUUUUAAGAUAUGAUAUUGUCCUAAUAUUGCUUAAAUAAGCAUUCUGCCAGAAGUUACACCCAUGUAUAUUCCCAUAUCUUAUCUUGUGUCCAUGUUGUUAUUUGAGGCACGUCUAUUCCAAAUUGUAUAUUCAGCUGUCAAUUUCCUGGAUAAUGCUAGGUCUUAGAGGAAAAUAAAACAGUUUCAGGUCCCUAAAAUGCAGAUUGAUGUUCCCUUUUUGAGAGAGUUGAAAGUUCUUAGAAGGAGAGCACCUCGAAGAAUGAGUUGCAUGUUAAUAAAUGCAAUGGGCUGGACAUUUUACUGAUGAGGGUGGUUAAGGCGCCGAAGGCUCCUGGGUUUUGGCCGACCUCCUUGAAGUGUUUCAGCACUUUGGUAGCUUUUGCUUCAACGUCUAUUGUCACUUUUUUUAAACCGAAGUUCUUUAUUUUUUGCAGUGACCACGCAUGUAAGCUAUUUUCAUCUUGUUCUUUGCUUUAUAUCAGACAGUACAUAUUAAUGAUGGUCACAUUUUCUUGAUAUGACUGUGGGCAUUGUAUACCAUUUUUUUUUCCAAGAAUAAAGUUCCCUUUUCUUAACUCUACAUUCCGUCUUAGUAGCAUUUUCUACAUAUAGCUAUAGACAUCAUAUGGUAAUUUUUAUUCAUAUUAUAAUAUGCCCCUUCUUAUCUUAAAGUUCCAUAAAAACUCAACAGUGGUUAGUCCAGGUUACCACCUUAUCCCAAACAUUGAUGAUAUCAUGAUUAAAGAGUGUCCUUUUGGAGAGAUAUUUAAGAAUAAAUCAACGUGAUUUGAUCUUCAGCAAUUUUGAGCGGACUUAGCUCCCAUAGAACAGAGGAUUUUUGUCAAUGUUGAUUUGACACCCGGAUUUGUCUAUUUUUGGACAGAAGAUAUUAUGUAUCAAGUGGAUAUCAGAGUUGUGUUGUUGUCGUUUUGUAUAGAGGCUGUUCUUUCUUCCCUAAUUUGGAGAAUUAUGAUGGGAGAGAGAUUCUUAGAUUUUAUAGGCUUCAUGAUUCUGUUGGUUUUACUGUUUGACCUUUUUCUGGUGUAUAGUUGGAUGGGUAAGAAAGUGCAUAUGUGAUCACACUCUUGAUUGUUGAUAUGUUUUUUUCAGGAGGUCACAAUCUCCUUAUACUUGCAAACGAGCUAGGUCACUAUGUGCAACUUGGUACAUCAAUCGAUGAUGCCAUUGGUGAGGCAUAUGACAAAACAGCAAGAUGGCUUGGCCUUGAUUUGAGAAAAGGGGGUGGUCCUGCUCUUGAAGAACUUGCAAGGGAAGGAGAUCCUAAUUCUGUGAAAUUCUCAGUAAGUUUCUUUUGCGUUUUGGAUCUUUCCAUGGUAUCGUGUUCCUUCUACUGAUUGAAAAUGGAUAUUGGUGGUGUCUUUUAUCUUCUAGACUCCAAUGCGACAGCAUAAGGAUUGCAACUUCUCGUAUGCUGGCCUGAAAACACAAGUUAGGCUAGCUAUUGAGUCCACAAAAACGUGAGUAUCUUUCUUUUUCAAAAAAUUCCACUGUCUUUUGCACUAUGGGCCAGUCACUUUCAGAAUAUGCAUUGUGGUAGAGAAUGAUUCACGUUUUCUCAAUAGAAUGCACAAAUCAAUAUGAUGUCUAACUAGAGAGCUAAAAAACGAAAAGGUCCAUUGGUGCUUGGAGAAAAUCCAUAGCAAAACGAGUGGAAAAAAUGUCUGGGUCUUAUGGCUACAUAUACUCCUUCUGAGGCAAUGGAGACCAAUGGGGGACGACUCCCACAGCAAUCAUCUGCCUUUUCAUCGUUUUAUGAUUGAAUGAAUGCUUGGCACUUGGUAGUGGUAAAUUCGUGGUGGCAGUAUUGCCUUGAGAUUUGAUGAAUUUUAUUUCAUUCUCAUUGAAAUGACAUUUGAUCUGUUCGAGUAUUCUUUUAAUUUCAUAUGUGAUUUUAUGAAUUAGUCUAAGGUUCCUUGUCAUAAAAUUAAUACCAUUUGCCUUAAUUCCCAUAUUUGGAAUAUUCUUAAAGUUCAUAAAUGUUCUAAAAUUUUAAUCUAAUGAUUUUUACUCGUGAAAAGCAGACAUGGCAAGCUCUCUGGACUGAAAAUUAGGAGUACCUUCUGUCAUUCUAAGUUCUGGGUCCUUUUCUGUUACUUUUCUGUUACUUUUUCUAGGAAAAGAUGAUUCUGUCUUCAUUCGGGUGGGCCCAUAGUCGUGUGCAAUGGAUAAAGUGCCCUCAUCUGGGUCCUUAUCCUUGUUUCAAGCUUGGGUUGAAAAGUUGCAUCAGUAUAUUCUCUUGUUUCAUGAGGGAUUCAUUCCUGUUAGUAUGUUCUGAGAGGUUGGUUGUUUUGGUUUCUCUUUGAUAGUCCCCCCCCUCGCAUCAGAUUGAAUCAGCCUGAUCCAACCCAGAUUUUGUGGUUUCGACUGCACUUGAUUUAGCUAGCCUCUUUAUGAUCCUGGGGUGCAGAACACGGAAAUAAAAAAUACUUUUAGUAUUAUAUUUUCACCUUGAGCAUAUUUCUUAUCUGAUUUUUUUUGGUGUCCUAUUUAAUAUUUAUAAUCGUAUUAUUUAUCUAUUAGGUUCUUAGGACAGCUUUACUAACAUUCUUUUUCCAGAGACAUGGAAAAUAAUCCCAUUUCUUCUGCUUCCUCGGAGGACAGAAGAAAGCGUGCAGAUAUUGCAGCGUCAUUCCAGGUUUCAGACCAACUCUCGGCUUUCAUUGCUAAUUAUUGGCCAUUACUGCACAGAAUACUCACGUUCUCUGUGGGUGUCUGUUAAUAAUUCUGACCUGGGUGUGCCAUUCAGCGAGUUGCCGUUUUACAUUUGGAGGAGAGGUGCGAGCGAGCGAUUGAGUGGGCAUUGAAGAUUGAGCCUUCAAUAAAACAUUUGGUCAUAUGAAAUACUAUAUUUUUUUGCACUUUUUCCCCAAUUUAGGUUGCAUUAUAUCUAACUCUCACUGCAAAUUUCCAGGUGGUUUCGGGAGGUGUUGCAUCCAAUCGCUAUGUCAGGAGUCGUCUGGACCAUAUUGUUGACAAGAAUGGUCUAAGACUUGUAUGCCCUCCUCCAAACCUUUGCACUGACAAUGGUAAUUAAUAUUGUUUCUACUAGUCAUUUUAAGAAGAUAUGAUAUCACUUGAAAGUUUAUACAUGCUGCGUUCUUGUCAUUGAUUCAAGCAAAAUCCUUGCCCAUUGAGGUUUUAUAUUUACUGGAAAAAACUUCUUCUCAUUAAUCUGUUAAGACAAUUAGAAGGUGGCAUGCGAGUCUUAUACCUAGUCCUAAAAGGUGUUCCCUUUGAUACAUGAUCUUUUAGAAGAUGGCAGUGACCUUAAAACCUGAAAGUGUGAAAAUAGUUGUAACUAUUUGGAGAGAUGGGUUCGAGUGUUGGGCAGUAAACGAACAGUCAGUCCAUCUGGGCCACGAAUUUCCCCUGAUCAACUGAGCUUUAGGAGUCCUGAUUAAUACCGAGGUGGGUGAAAUGACAGGUUCGUUUUGGAGUUGCUCUCUGGUAUCAACUAGCGGCGGACCUAUAAGUUCCUGUUCCCCAAAAACCCUCUGAAAUGAGAAAGAAACAUUAUUCCUAUGCGACAAUAUUUACUGAAAGUGAUUUUUUUCCCUGAAAAGAAUCAUGAAUGAUUUAGAUUCAACAGCAUGACUGAAACAGUCAUUCAACUAGUAUUGUUGGUGACUUGGAAUUUUUCUAUAUUUAAUUAUUCCUUGCUUUUACGCUGUUUGAUACUUCAUCUAGGGCAAACAUAGAUUUCCUUUUCUGCCUUUUACGCAUUUUUAACAUAGACUUAACACAUUUACUGUGAUUAUGAUAGGUGUAAUGGUUGCUUGGACGGGGAUUGAGCACUUCUGUUUGGGUAGAUUUGACCCUCCACCACCUGUCCAUGAAUCAGAAGAUUUUGUGGUUCGUACCAUGCAACAUUUAUAAAUGAUAUCGAAAGGGUAUUCAUGCACGUCUCAUUUUAGAUUUUAAGUUUCAUUCCCUUAUAUCUAAUUGCCUGAUUUCGUGCAAUGUGCUUUACAUUUUCUGUUGUGCUUCGAGAUUAUAUGAAUAAUUUAUCAAUAAUAAACGAUACAGCAUAUCACAUGUAUCAAGCUAUUAUGUUUAACAGAAAUUUUAGAGCUGGAUUUACCUGUUUAUCCCAUGUUUGGUUAUUCCCUUCCGUGCGUGUAUAAAUGCAAACCACAAAGUGGUCCAAUUCCUAUGUAUGCACGACCAUAAUGUCCUCUCAAGACAUACUGCCAGAGACCACACAACAAGAUAUCCUAUGAUUCAUUUUCCAUCCAUCCUCUGUGCCUCUCCUCCAAAUUAUUCGCUGCAUCAGACUCUCUUCACAUUAUUUUGACGUGUUUUCUUGGUACUAUACCUAAUAGAGAAACAACCAGUAGCGGCCCUCAAAUACAAGGCUUCCUUAACUUUAAUUGCCGGCUGUUGCUGAUGUCCCAAUGAGCUGGACGAUGUUCGGCCGGAUUUAUGCAUUUUUUUUCAAUGAUCCACCCGCACAAUAUACGGACCCAUUAAUUAUUUAUGAUAAAUGUGUCUUUUUUAACGAAUUAUGUGAGGAUAUUAUUUGUCACGCUCCAGUUUGACUUGCGACCAAGGUGGCCUUUGGGUGAGGAAUAUUCCCAAGGAAGAAGCGAAGCUCGUUCCCUCAAAACAGCCCGUAUGCAUCCAUCGCUUACCUCUAUCAUUCAAGGCUCGGCUCGUCAUCAACCUUAG